ACAGCAGCCUCUCACAGAACAACAGCCUGUAACAGAACAACAGCCUCAUACAUAACAAUCGCAGAAAAUAGGAUUUAGCGUUUUUUUGAAUUCGUUUCCAUAUUCUGGAUUGUAUGGUCUGUGUUUACGUGCUAGUGUUGAUGUUUUAACCAUUUUUCUUGCAAAACGUUCUCGUUGGUUUUUUUGUUUUCAUGUUUCUUGGAUAGUAGGCCUAAGUAAAGUUGGCAAUACACUUUUAAGUUGACUUGGUGUGAUCGAGACAUCAUUUGUUAAUCUUGUUCCCCUUUCUAAAGCUUACUUUUUACUUUGUGGAAAGGAAGGGAACAAAAAAAGGUAAAUAAACUCGUGUGUCACUUUAUUCGAUUUUUGCAUCGCCAGAUGUCGGAAGUGUCCUGUUCAAGUAUUUGUCUAUCCGUGCAGCUGCCGUGUUUUCAUUUUGGAUACUGAAAUUUCACAAUUUUUAUUCCAGUUUCGUCUCAUUGUUGACUUUCUGUACUUUGAUAAAAAAGAGUGACAUUGUUUGUGGAACAAUUUGACCCCAGUGAAUUCAUUCCUUGUUUCGCUCAAUAUUUCAUCUCCCCAAAUCGAUGUACAAGAAACAAAAGGUGAUAUAUGCCUAAUCAAUUCCAAAAUCAAUUUCUAUUUGUUAUGCCAACAAAUGUUUGGUGUGACUUCAAAAGCCUCAAACAAAACAUAACAUUUCACUCAACACAUUGACCAUUUAUUGAUUGAAAAAAGAUUUAUUAUGAUGAUGAAAAUAAUUAGAGGACAUCUACAUUGAAUAUAUUUUGAAGAGACAUUCAAGGCAGGUUACAAACAUUCUUUUCUGGGACCAAAAGUGAGGAAUUAGAGUCUACACAUCGAAAGGUAUGGCGUCAUCCUCCAACAGGUUGGCCACACCCGAAGCAAGCCACCACAGUCACCGUGGACAUCGCAAACAAGGUCACUCUCACCGUCACGGGUCAAAGUCGCCCCAGCCUGGCAAGGAGAGGUCGUCGGGUGAGAGGUCAGACAAAAACUGGACCAGCACCAGACACACCAGGGAUGAUGAGGAUGAGUUUAGGCGUGCCCAGUGCUUACGAACCAGCAAAGAGGUUCAGGAAUCAGACGGGAGUUUUUUUGAGAGCUACACUUCUCUGGCCUGGAGACAAGAGAACAAGCGUCUGAGAGCAGCCAGUGAGGAUGACAAAGAUUACGACAGACCCCCGCCUGUGGAAAUACAAUUUGCUACGAAGCCCCAGAUACAGAAACCUUCUCGGAAAGAGUUUGAGCUACUCUAUAUCGAGGUCCUCUACACCAUCAAGCAUAAAAUUGGCACCACUUCCGGCGGUCACUCGCCCUACAUUCAAGACCUGUUUCAAUAUGCUAAAGAAGCUUUUGGAGUUAGCCCCGAGGAUCAUGCCAGAUUACUGGCCAAGGCUACAGAAGAAAAGCCUCCUAUAGUCAUCUUGAAUGUCAACGUGAUAGAAGCCAGCAACCUGGAAGCUAAAGACGCAGAUGGUUUCAGCGACCCCUAUUGCAUGCUGGGUAUCAUGCCCGGCCCCAGUUCAGAUGUGGACUCAGGGGCGGGAAUGUCAUCGGACGAGGAGACUGGCAAAACUAGGUCAGAGAAGGAACGACUUCAUCAUGUCAAUUCCAAGAAGUUUUCUCUGCGCAAGAAGACCAAGAACACGGUGGUCAGAGACAUGCUGCCGGCCAAACUUAUUAAGACCACUCAGGUCAAGCCAAACACAUUAAACCCGGUCUGGAACGAGAGAUUUAGAUUUGACCUUGAUGACAUUCAUACAGACCGACUUCAUCUGGACAUUUGGGAUCACGAUGAAGAGUUCUCCGUGGUAGAAGCAGCAAAGAAGUUGAACGAAGUGUCCGGUUUUAAAGGUCUAGGUCGUUUUUUCAAGCAGGUGGCGCAGUCGGCGAGGUCAAAGGACGACACGAGCAUUGAUGAUUUCCUGGGCUGUGUCAAUAUUCCAUUAGAUGAUCUCCCGUCCACUGGUAUUAGCCAGUGGUACAAACUGGAAGGCAGGUCAUCGCGGUCCAACAUCCAGGGAGAGAUCCACCUGAAGCUCACACUGGCCACGCGGGAAGACAGGGGGAUACCUGAAGACGACAACUGGACAGACGUGCGUCAGCACGAGGACCUGAUGUGCAUUUUUAUUGAAUACGAGCUGAGGAAGUACCAGGACGCUUCUUACAAGUGGACGGGUGACCUCCCCCAGGUGGCCAGGACUAUCUUGCACCAGCAUGCUAUCCAAGGUGACAUCACUGAAGUCCAGCAAGCUGUUUGCCGAUGGCAGGCGUACAGCCGGAAGCACAUGGAACAUCCGCUGAGUUAUGACCUUCUGCAUGACCUUCUGAUUGAUCUUGACAGAUUGUAUAAAGAUGGAACACUGUCUAGAGAAGAGGAAGAGACAUUGGCCGAGUCCUUCACCAACUUCAUUGAAUACAGCAAGAGUCUGUUGAGGAAGAUGAGAGACGUAUACCCUCCUACCAACAAGACGGCCAUCACCAGACUCAAACUUAUGCUCAAGUGUCUGUCCACAAUCCACGUCCUUGAGAUCUUCAAGAAAUGCUGUCCGUUCCACAGUGGACUCAACUCGGAGAUAAUGAGUCUAAUAAAGAAGAGUACCUUGGAGUGGUAUGAACGCACCCACAGUACCUACAUGGGCGGCACUCAGAAUGAUGAAGAUCUUCUCCGAGGACUGAUUGAGUUGUGUAACCAGCUAAACUCUGACGUGUACAAGGCUUACCAUAACUAUAACCCACUGUUUGUAGAAUUGUGCAGUGUCCACUACUUCCAAGUCACUUACAAGCAACUCGAGAAAGUGAUGUCUGCGCAUGUGCAGGAAGUGCUAAAAGAAGAGCUUGGAGAGGAACUCAGUCUUGACAUUGAACAGAUCCUCAAGUCCAAUGAUGUACACCAUGAGCCUUCUGGUCUGGGGUCCCCGUCCUUGACCCUCAACACAGGGCUGUUUGAGCUUUACAUGAAUCUCCAGGAGUUUUCACGUUACAGUAGACACCUGUCUGCUAGUGACAUCAAACAACUUAGCAUCAUCAACUACUAUCAUUGGUUCAAGUGUGCAGUCAGCAAGUGGUUGGCCAUUGCUCAGCACAGGUCAGAAAGGCGAAUCAAGAAAGCCGUAGAAGUGGAAAAGGUGGCUCAGGUUGAUGCCGCGGUCAAAUACAGUACCUCCGCUGUUGACGUCUGCUGCUGUUUUACUCAGAUCACGGAGUUUUGGAAGCAGCUCGCUUGGCCUGAUCGUGUUGGAGCCUAUCCUUUUGUGUACAAGUUAACAGAGGACAUCUGUAAUGGCGCCAAGCUAUAUGCUGACCUAGUCCACACUAAACUCACGGACAUGGGCUACUACGAUGACGAGGGACAGUUUGACGUCACGGAGGAGCUGUGUAUCACAAUCAACAACAUUGAACAAGUCAGGCGGUCCCUCAAGCCCUUGCCUACGCUCUUAGACUUCAGUGAGAUUCAACAGGCUCUGGAGCUGGCUAGAGACGACCCUCACCCUCCUAAAGAGGCAACCACUGGCCUGCUGGGCAAGGCGUCCCUCCAGGGCAUCAUCAAGCAGGCAGACGAGGACAUGAUCAGGAAGAUCCUGCAGGUCGUGGACCGCGUGGCUGACAAGAUGAGGCCAGAUAUUAAGAAAGAUGUUUUCCAUCUUAAUUGGGCACCUGAGUCUUUGCCCGCUGAGGAGGCUGUGGAAGACUUACUGGAGUAUUUGGACAGCAAUCUCCUAACUCUCAACAGCAAUCUCCUGAAAACAAAUUUUGAGAGGAUUCUGUCUUCCAUCUGGAUUGAAGUCUUGGAGGAGUUCAGGGAAGUGCUGGACACAGAAGAAAUGAGACCUCCUGUCUUCUAUCAGCGGAUGUUCCAGGCCUUAACACUUCUUGUAGAUUUUUUCUAUGCUAAUGGGAACGGAUUGGAGAUGGAGGCCAUUUUAAUUGAGUCCUUUCAGAAUCUUCGCAAAGAACUGACCAUGCACAAGAUGGACACGAAAUCUUUGAUUGAAACUUUCUAUAUGGAGAAAAACGAACAACAGGCUCAUACACAGAGUACAGAGUAUGGUCAGCUUCAGAUACGUGCUGUCUACAAGUAUGAUUCUCACAAACUUUUAGUGGAAGUUCUUAGUGCCAAAGAUCUUAUUCCUCUUGAUGCAAAUGGUCUGAGUGAUCCUUACGUUCUGGUCUCCCUUGUACCGGAACAUGUUUUCCCUGGCAUAUCAACUCAGAGCACAAAGAUUGUCAAGAAAACGCUGAACCCAGUAUUUGAUGAGUCGUUUGAAUUCCAUAUUCAGCCAGCCCAGUGUGCUCACCAUGGUGCGACCUUGACCUUUACUGUCAUGGACCAUGACCUGCUCUUUCAAAACGACUUUGGCGGUGAGGCUUUCCUCCCUUUGACAGACGUCAGCGGAGUAGGCGGGGAGGAGAUCUCUGGCUACGAUGUUCUCAACGUCAUUUCGUUGCCACUCAUUCAUCCGAAAAUUUCUGACCGUGGUGCCUUGAACGUGUUAAGGAGAAGAACCUGGGACGCCACAGCUCAGGACUUCAUCAAAAAACGUUAUUUGAUAGAACAGCAAGCGAAAUGAACUAGCUUGGCAGCAGCAGCCUCUCACACAACUGAAGGAACCAAUACAACUCCAUGGCAUUGUCUAGAAACGUAACAGCUGCAAGCUAUUUCUUGAAGACAUUCUUUCAUUGAUAUGAUUGUGAAUAAUUUAUAAUACUGACCAACCACGUAAUAUAAGGCUUUCAAGCAGACCUGGUCAUCUACUUGAACAUCACUUAAAUGAAUAUAUGACCUUUGGUAACAAAUUGUUGUUGUUUUUUUUGAACUAUUAACAAUGCUAUCCAAAUUUUAAAAUAUAUAGGCAAUAUACAGAUUUAUUUACAAAAGAAUGUGUAAAGAUCUGAGUCUUUGAAUUUUGCCGACAAAUUUCAAAUUUUUUGGUAGUAUAAACAAAUAUUGAGAUAUAAGACUAAAUCUUUCUGCAAUACUUUUUGUUUCUAAAUGGAAAAAGAAGGCCUAAAGGAAAUGGUUAUCGGCUGUAUAAGGGGACACAAUCCUAUGAUUGUCUUGUGUGUUAAUCUUAUAACACAUAUUCCCACAAAUACUGUUUUAAAUCGUCUACAAACUGCAAUAUUAUUGUAUAAACCUUACUUUUGAUUCAAGAAUAUAAAUAUGUAUUUGAUGACUAAUUUAUCCACCAUGAGCUGUACAACUGCGCCUUUUUUUUCUUCCUUUUUCUUUGUGGAAAAUCUCAAUAAAUUCUGUUAUUAGAGAAUUACUGUCAUAAAUAUUGUUAGUAGUUUCCAUUUCUUCUCUUCAAAAGGAUAACCUUAAUUCUCGCUCAAAUUGAAAGUAGAUAACUACUAGCCAUGAAGUGAAAGUAUUGUUACUAGUCCCAAUUUUUAUUCUCUUGAACACAGAUUUGGUAUUCCCCCUUCUGCACACUAUAUUAAGUCCAUGAUCUUUUUUUCCCCACGAAAUUUUGAUUAAAUUUCCUUUUUUGUUUUCUUGCAGAAGUUUUGUUUUUAUUUUAAGACAAAUAUCACACCACAGAAAGGUUAACACUGCAAGUGGAGGGUCUUCGGCUAGGUCUCUCUUGGUCUCACUGUUAAUUCUAAAGUUUUGUGGUGUAUUUUCAGAAACACAAUAUUUGAUCAUCUAUAAGUGUCCUGAAUUCUGGUUAUCAGAGACUUUUGAUCCGUCUCUAUAAUUAUAGUAUGUACAUUUGAACGAAAAGGGAAUUGAAAACAAUUCUUGUAUAAACUGCACCUGUACCUCGGUUAAGGUGUUUCCUUUUUCUUAACGUUGCUUUUUGAUGUCAGUGACAAUGGAUCGUCGCUAGUGAGCGCGAGGGGUGCGGAUCGCACUGUCUGACACCCAUUGUGAGGUUACACCUACCAAGGUAGCAAAUAAAUCGCUUUUGCAAACGUAGACAAGAUUGUAUAGACAUUAGAUUCACUGUUCUCCACGAUGGUUUAUAAUUUGAAAAUUUAGGUAACUUUUUCUCCAUUGAGGACUUCUUGAAACGAUUGCCUCCCCUCUGUACUUGAAACGAUUGCCUCCCCUCUGUACUUGAAACGAUUGCCUCCCCUCUGUACUUGAAACGAUUGCCUCCCCUCUGUACUUGAAACGAUUGCCUCCCCUCUGUACUUGAAACGAUUGCCUCCCCUCUGUACUUGAAACAAAAGUGCAGCUCUCUUACAACCUUGUCAAAACCUCCCACGCUUCACUCUAAGAGGAACACCGCUGAUGUCAUGACAUAGGCCGGAAUAUCUAUGACACCUUGAUUAUAUGUGAUUUUCUAUUAGCUCUAUUUAAAUGUUGUAACUUAUUGAUGGUGGAAUAGAAUUUUUAUUUAUUGCAGAAGUGCUCCGCCCUAAGUAAAAAAUCUAUUUAAAAAAACAACAAAAUACUUUCUUUUAAGAAAAAUCUAAUCUGUGCAUUCAUUCUAAUAAAUAUUAAAUAUGUACAGAUCUAAUUAAUUCAAUCGAUACAUUCACAGCAGCGUUGGUGUUUCUUUCUGGUUCGUUGACUGCAUCAAUGUACUAUUUGGUAAAGACAACAAUAAACAAUAAUUGAAUACAUAGAAUAGGGUCUAAAGUGCAAACAAUGAGUUCAUACCUAUCUAUAUAGAAAUGGAGUGUCGCUGUGGUCUUGUUAGUCGUAAUAGCGAGAUGAUGCUUGUGUGAAAGUCAGUCGCCUAAUGAAUCGUUUAUGAAUGUCAUUAUAGCCUACUCUAUGGUUUUACGUCAUAGGUUACUAAGUGACGUCAUUUCUGUUUGGGUUUGGUGUGCGUUAUUAUUGAUGGUUACCUUUUGAAUCUAGUGAAUUACAUCUUAAGAGCAACCUACUUGUAACAUAUCAGGAAUGCUGAUAGAUGUGUAUACCUAUAGAAAACUACUUCAUCACAGAAAUGGUUGCUUUGUUCGCAGAACUGUAUCUUUGAACAUUUUUUAAUGUAGUUGAAUACUUGAUAGAUCCAUCUAGAAUUAUGUAUUGCUCAAUAUUUUUUUCAUCUUCGAAACCAGGUGAAUUUUUCGCUCAUUCUACCAUUUCUAAGUAUUGCACGAUUUCUCGGUCUAGAGUUGAGUAUUGUUGAGUUCAUUGUAAUCUUUGACACUGUCUUUCAAUGACAUAUCUUGAUGUAGAUCUCGUGGUUAACUCAUAAUUUAAUUAUGAACAAUUCACGAAGUCAAACAAUCGGAGAUUGAAAAAAAUAUUUGUUAGAAUGUAAUAAAUUAUAAAAGCAUAUCAAGUAACUUAGUGGUUGUUGAGAGCCUUAUGUUACAGCAUGACUUCAGCUCAUCUCGUUGUGGAAUAUUUGUGGCAAUGAAAACCUAUUCUGAGUUGCAUAGUUCACUUGUUAUCUAGCAGGAGGAAACCUGUCAAACAUUGCAAAAUGCAUGCCAUAUAUAUAUUAUAAUAAUAUUUAAAUUAAUGGAGACACGAUAACAAACAAAAUGUAGGUUCAAGGUGUUGUGAUCACAUGUAAAAAACUUUCUUUUGAUUUUAAAGUGAUUUGAGUAUAAAAUAACUAGUACCGGCUUAUCAGGUGUUUUCAGCCUAUAAAGGUGAUCAGCUCUUAUCUUCAUAGAAAUAUUAGUCAGAUGAGAUUAUUGUAGCUAAUGUAGGUUCAUGGGAUAGAAAAACAAAGCACAAAAGGAGAGAGGCAGACAAAUAAAAGGGAGCGUUCAUUGUUGGAAAAAAAAUGGAAGAUGUUACUCUUCAUUUUUCUGCUUCAUCUACACACACACACACACAUCUAUUUUCAAUCUUACAAUUUCAGAUAUAAACCUUCGUUUACAAAGCAGAAGAUCUAGGCGUUAUUUUUUAAAAAUUAAGCAUGAAGUUGUGAGUGACACUUUUUUAUUUGGCUGUGAUUCUAAAAUGUUCCUUGAUUUCUACCGAGUUCUAUUUAGAAUGUAGGUCCAGUCGUAACUGUGCUGCUUCAAACAGAUACCAUUAACAAACAUUUCUGAGCUCUGACUCGAAGUGAAACUCAACCAUCCAUGAUUAGCGCGCUCUUAUUAGUAUAUGCUGGACAAGAUGGCGAGAGUCUCAAUUUUGGACAUUUUCUGGCAUUCUGUAUCUUUCGGUUUCAGUGGGACUGGGAACACUUCAUACUGCUGCCUUAUUUUUUUUUAAAGAACUCCUUCAAAUAAAAUCAUAACUCGUUGAAAAGCAAGUGUAAACAUGUCACAAAGUCUUUUCUGGACUUUUUUUUUUUUUAGCUUUUUGUUUUCCCCAAUGCUUGUUUUUAAUAUAAAUAAACCAAUUGUUGAUAAUUGUUUCAUUAUUUAAAUUAUUUGUAUAUGUUUGUGUACAAACUAUUUUAAAUGACCAAGUGUUCCAAGCAGCCGAUAGCCUAACUUUCCCUCCAACCUUUUAAUAUUUUUUCCUUAGAUUCGAUUACUAUUUAUACUAUUUAAUUAUUUUUUUUUUAUGUUUGGGUGACGUGCAACUUUUUAACUUUCUUUUAUACUUUCUUGGUUAUCUGGGGUGCAAGUUAAAAAAAGAAAUGAGUCAUAGAAAUGGAGCUUAUAGCCUACAGCUCAGCUGCUAAAAGUUAGCUAAAAGAAGAAACUUUUUUUUGGAGCAUAUCUAGCAAUCUAGAAAUCUAUUUGUUUGAGUGAAGAUAUAAAGAAUGUUCAGAAAUGUCCAAACCUAAUAAACAAAACAAACAUGUACUUUUGUAACCUGGAGUCUUUGUACCAUAAUAAUAUGGCAGAUAUUGUCCAUGCUAGACUUUGAAGAAGCUGAAAGCAAAACUAGUUCUACUCACUCUCAAUCUUGACAUUCAAUUGAACUAUGUGGUGAAAAUGUUUAAAUAAUCAUUUUUAUGGCCUAUUAGACAAAGGUCCUAAGUGAACCUCAUAUUCAAUGCUUUGCUUUCCAAAUUUACACAUUCCAGGUGUUCUAAAGAAAAUACAACAGACCAAGUCUUAUUAACUAAUCUGGAAGCUGCAGCAUUCUGUGAGGCUUGUUUAUAUUUGGACAUUAUUGUGUCUUUGUACAAUUUUGUACAUUUGAAUGCAUAAUAAAAUAUAAACAUUUUUUUUAAUAUAACUUUUUUUUGUGUGUCUGAGGAGAAAACUUAAUAAUUGGUCAUUUUGUGUGUAUUAUUUUAUUUUAAAAGUUAUUAAUUUUUACUUUCUAUCUGGCCAACACUUUUUAAUGUUAUGUGUCUCACAUUUUAAAUGAAAGCCCCCAUACCCCCAUCCCAAUAUGUGUCAUGAUUUUUGUCUCAGUUUCUUAUUUAAGACAUCCAAACUUUAGCAUCUUGAAUCUCUUACACUCUAAUCAUGUAAAUAAGAAAGAAGUAGUGCACACAUUUUAUAUUCAUUUAGCUUUUGGUUUGUCCUUGAAAAUAAUCUGGCCAUGUAAUCUUUUCCUGCAUUGGUUGGUAACAUAAUAAUGCAGUGUUGUUUUUUUAAUCUUAUGAUAAAGCAAAGAAUGGAUAGCAGCUACAAUUGUCAGGUUCUAUGAGCCUAAAAAUGUAUUUUUAAUCACAAAAAAUAAAUUAUCUGAAAUGGACUUGUAAUUUUACUACCUUUUUAUGCUGUUUAGAUAAAUUAGGACUGUUUUUUAAUAAUUAGCAUUGUAUUUUUUUUUUUUGGGGGGGGGGGGGGGGGUUUACAACAUUAGCAUGUCAAUACAGUAAGUGUAAAAAAAAUGUGACUAGUGAGAUUUUUUAUGUUUAAAUUAAAUCCUACAUCUGUGUUUUUGAGUUUGACAAACUUUUGGCUGAUGAUUGUGUAUAACAAAGUUGUGGGAGAGAAAAAGACAAAAGAAAGAUAUUUAGCAAGUGUGUGUGUGUGUGUGUGUGUGUAUUAUAAGUAUGUGUGUGUUGGUUGUUGUACAGCACACACACAUACACGUCCCACAAUGGUUUAUUCUACACUUUGUUGUCUAGCACUGACCUAUACUUCCUUUGAUGUAUUAAACAAAAAUACAAUAAAUGUUGUAUUAUGACAUUUCUUUCAA